UGCGUCCCUUGUCCAUCCCUUUGUUUUAGAUAAAUCCACUUCACAAGUGAGAAACCGCCAUUUCAUUGUGGAAGAAAACAACUGGUUGUAUUUCCUUGUUAUUUUGAUUGUCUACAGUUACAAAUACAUCCUGGUCAAUAAAGGAAAACAGCAACUUCAAAUUCUUAGUUGGUUAGCCAGACACAAGCUAUUUUAUCUGCGACAAAGGACGUAUAGACACGCUGGCAGUAACAGUGUAUAGACCAAUCAGAGAUUAAUUUUUAUCUGGUUUGGGCGCAGUGUGUAUGGGCUCUUAUCAGAACGUCAUACUGGAAUGUCUCAAGGUGGUGAAAUAUUUUUUAGAAAACAUCGUCCCUUGAAGUGUUAUAUAUCUACUGCAUCUACUGGUGUAAGUCAUACAUCAACAGUGAAAUCAUUCUCGUCGAUGUAGCCCAUCUUCACAGUGGAGCUCAUCAUGGAUUUGUGUCUAAAUCUGGUCGCUGGCAUGGUCUUUUUCGCGGCUUUUUUAUCUCAGACGAAAGGCCAGUAUUUCACCAGCGGCCCAAGUAGUGUGACUAUUUACGAAGGGCAAGACGCAGUGUUCACUGUUGAAUCGCCGUAUGCAACUGACUGCAGCUCAAAUUCGCAUUAUUUUACAUGGUAUAGGAUUAGGGGCGGUGGGCGGGGUGACCCUAGUUGUUUACCAACUUCACAAUUAUAUCGACUUACUAUUCGGAACACUCAACCAGGGGAUAGUGGUAACUACGGGUGCAAAUUGGUAUUUAGUUAUCCAUACCAAGUGUAUGAGUCUACUCGUGCUACAUUGACUGUCCUUUCUCUACCGAAGAUCAACCCGUCGUGCACGUUUGAACCAGCGAGACCAACGGUCGGCACAUUGACAACACUCACCUGUGCGCUUUCUUCCCUUGAUCCCAGCUUAUUGACUUGGUACGAAUCUCAACCGAGUUUUCCCAAUCGACUAGGUGCUCAGUACAAUCAGCCAGGCCAGUUAUAUACCAUACAGCGUGUGCUGACUGAGGCUGAUAACAUAAUAAAUUUUACUUGUGUAGCUGGUCCAUAUCCCAACGGUCCAAGUUGCUUCACUACACCUCUCCAGAUACCAACGACUGUCUCAAUAUCACCCUCUCAUUUGACGCUUCAUGAACAUGAGAACGCAACCUUCACUUGUGACUUUAAGUCAAUACCACAACAUAGUGCAGAUAUAUAUGAAUGGCGCGUGCUGAAAGACGGCAUCCCUGAGGUUGAGAUUAACCAGGAACUUCUGCAAAACCAAGAUGGUCUGUUUGAACUAACAAACAAUGGAAUAACUCUACAGAUUAUAAACGUGACACUAGAAGAGUUUCACAACGCUCAGAUCAGAUGCAGUGCAUUUUACAAUGAGAUAGAAUAUACAAGCGACAACGAAUCGCUGCUCGUUGUCCUUCCGUGGACUUCGAUGACGACAACCGCAACAGAACGGAAUUCAGAGAAAAAUAACGACAUGAACUCCGCGGGGUCUAACACAGUACGUAUCAUUGCUGGAGUCCUGAGCUCAGUUGUCUUUUUGAUAAUUCUAACUCUCCUUGGAGUUUACUUGAUAAAAUACAAACCCAGCCCAGCCCGACCAGGCCAGACGGCGGUUACGCGAAGACAGAGUCCCCCUAUAGAUGAGAGAGCAAUCGUCACCAACGAGUUUGAGAUCGGCCCAAUGUAUGACCAAGUCCAGGGAGGAAACACAACAACACAGAACAGACAGAUUCAAAGUGACUUAAUACUAACCCAUGCUGAAGGGCUGUACACAUUCCCUGAUAAGGCGGGUGGGGAGAUUCGGAGAUACGUGGUGUCUCCUUCAUCAACGAUUGAUGACGGUGAUGGAACAGAGUGUAUCAAGGAGUCCAUAUACAGUGAGGCCGGACAACAGAGCGGCCAAGCCGUCUAUGCCAUGCCGGAGAAAGGACCAAGAAGCCCCGCCAUGUCUGACGCGGAAGACAUCGGUCCCCAGCAGAAGAACGUUGAGGGUCUGGCAUAUGCUGAAUUGGAUUUACAGCGCCCCUCAUCGGCCACUCAAACAAUAAUAAACACGUCUGUGGAAGACAGUACAUGUUACGCGGAUAUUUGUACCGAUUAGUGAGAUUUUGGUAUUAUAAAUAUAUCAAUGCUUCCGUGUUUUUCCAAGCUGGACAAACCUUAUCCAUCUAUGUUUUAUAUGUCUUAUGUUUACACGAGAUAGAGCAGUGUUUCAUAUUUCGUUUAACUGACUCCUAUUUAAAAAUGCACUGCUUUUAGGGUGACAUCUGCAUUGCAUUUUAUGUUGUUGCACUUUAUUGAUUACGUAAUAAUUGUAAUGUAAUUUCACUUGAAGCAUCUGUCCCAAACAUUAACCAUUAACACGGGUAAAAUGAUAACACUCUCUGGCUGGAAGCACUCGAUCCCACCUGUCUCAGCUAUAUAAGAAAUAGUCUCACCUCUGUCUAAAAAAAAAGAAGGAAAAUGGGAACAAUUCCCCAAUUAUUUUCUGAUAAACCUGACCCAUUGCAUUUCACGUUAUAUACUUCCCAAAUUUGCUCAGCUAUGAAGCCACAUGGUUUUAAAGGAUGACAUAAAUAGCCGAACAACAGGUACAUAAUUUGCCAGACUUUAAUGUUAAAAAAAAACCAAUUGUAUAGACAUCAGCACUGGCAAACUAUACAAUAGCAUUUGCUGAACAUUGUCAUAAAGUUGCUAGUUUAUUAAAAGCCCACUUCACUCAUUUAUUAUUAACAUACAAAAGUAAAGUUAUUAUUACUCUUAACUAAAGUGCAUGCGUGCUUCCUCCGAAAUAUCCAAAGUUUCGGGGACAACAAAAUAAUUUGACAAUAAAAGCAAUUUUGAAUUUACAAUGUACAUUAUUAUAACUAACUGUAAAACUCAAAGUUAAUUUUUCAACCACAACUGUUAUGUAUAUUAAAAGUUCAGAUAUAAUUAUGGAUAUCUUGGCUAACAUGAAAUGUUUAUGUUUAGUUAAUUGCAUUGUUAGAUGGUGCACUUAUUGAACUUCAUAGAUCAAGUAUGGACUUUUUAAAUUUAUGGGCUCUUAAACAUAUUGACAUAUUAUACAUAAUAAUAAUAAAUAUAACUUAUAUAGCGCAUUUUACAGAGAUACAAUGCGCUGAUAAAGAGCCAUGUUUGUUGAAGUUGGGAGACUCUGUGAUAUUAUGUGGUAGUACGUCAGAGAGUGCAUUGUGCAUGUUUAAUAGAUGUUAAAUUGGCAUCGGGGAUGAAGAAUAUAUUUUUUUUUUAGGAUUCGAACUGCCUCUAGCUA